UCCAGUCCAGAAUCAGUCCACUCCCUUUCCUUCUUUCUCUAACUGCAGAUUUCCCUCCCCUUUCAACGCGCGCCGGGUGGGGAGGCACGAGGCGGAGACGACGGAGGUGGUGGUGGGAAUCGAUCCCUUUCUGUUCCGCCGCCUCGAUCGCCCGCGCCAACCGCCUUUUCCUCCGCCACCUUGCUCCCGGUGGAUUCCCCUUUCUUUUUCUCUCGAUUCUUUCCUCUUCGCAUGCGCGGCGGGCUGUGACGGUGGUGACGGACCGACGCCCGCCAUGGGGGAUGCCUCGGCAUCCACCUCCGCGCCGGCCACCCCCACGUCCACGCUUAUCUGCCGGGAGGAUGGCAGCGACCUCUUCUCCGCCGGCGCCGAUGAUGGCGGCGGCGGGGAAGGCGCGGGGUUAUCCGUCGCUGGAGACGAGCAUCUGCUGCUGGUGGAACCGGACGAUGAGUACCUCGCGCUGAUGCUGUCCAGGGAGCGGUGCGCCGGCGGCGAUGUCGGCGAGCGUGGGGAGGAGGUGACGGAAGAGUGGAUGAAGAGCGCGCGCGCCGGGUGCGUCGGCUGGAUCGUUAAGGCGAACGCGGGAUUCCGGUUCAGCUGGAAGACGGCGUACGUCGCGGUGACGUAUCUCGAUCGGUUCCUGGCGCGCCGGCGAGUCGAUAGGGGCAAGGAGUGGGCACUGCACCUCCUCUCCGUGGCGUGCCUGUCGCUGGCGGCGAAGGUGGAGGAGCGCCGGCCGCCGCGGCUGCCUGAGUUCCGGGUGGACCAGUACGACUUCGACUGCGCGUCCAUCCUGCGGAUGGAGCUCCUCGUCCUCCGCACGCUCAAGUGGCAGAUGAUCACCGGGACACCUUUCUCCUACCUGAGCUGCAUCACAGCGAAAUUCCGGCACGACGAGCGCAAGGCGAUCGUCCUGCGCGCCAUCGAAUGCAUCUUCGCCUCGAUCAGAGUCAUGAGCACGGUGGAGUACCAGCCGUCGACGAUUGCUGUAGCAGCAAUCCUCAUCGCUCAGAACAAGGAGACAUCACCUAAUCUAGACGAGCUCAAGGUGAUCCUCGGCUCGUCAUGGCAGCAAUUAGACGCCGGGCAUGUGUGUUCCUGCUACAAGAUGAUGAUUCAAGAGGACAGGUCCAUGCAAUCGACGACGGAGGUGGCUUCCUCCGGUGUCUCUGUUGCCCACAUUGGGGGCUCGGAGGACGGCUCCAUGGCCGACGUCAAUAAUGCCACCACCUUGGCGGCAACCCCGGACAACAAGAGGAAAAGGUUGCACUCGCCUCAGCGCCAGUAGGAAGGAGCUGGAGCUGGACAGCAUGUUGGUUGGAGUCCAGCUCUGCAUUUUUAGUUGAUUUCACCCUUUUCUUUUGUUUCAGCUGAGCCCACUCGUCAGUGCUCUUCAGUUCAGGGGUUGGCCAAAUGGAGGGGCCAACAUUUGAUUCUUCUGAUUAUGCUAUUGUUACAGUUGAUUGAUAAGUUAGCAAUGGAAAGAUUCUGGUUUUGUGGAGAUCUUUCCCUGGCCCAGAAAAGGUAGUGUAAAGAGCAGAGGAAAAGGGCUGAAAACUGAUAAAGAGCUCUUGCUCAAAGUAGGGAGAAAGUCCUCACUGAUGUGAAGAGAGAGAGAGAGAGAGAGAGAGUAUCCCAAGUAUGAGUAGAAGUCAUUUUUUGUGAAUACUGUAUGGUUACUUGUUACUCUCUGUUGAGUCAUGCCAUUUUGGUUCAUUAGCAUUUUCCCCUGAUGCUAAGCCAAACAGUGGUAGCAGUAGUACAAUUUUUGUUGCUAGAACUGAUCGACACCUAGCCGUGUGCAAUUGCUGACCAUGAGUAGUUGGGAUAUGCUUAUUGUCAGUUGUGGACGAAAGGAAGAAAUGGUGUGGCGUUUGCUUGUUGCC